CUUUAAACUUGUGCAAGGAGCCUUUUUGUAUUUUAUCUCAAAACUUUGAUUAAAAGUCUAUUUCGGAAUUGCAUUAAAAAUGAAAAGAACAUUAGAAGAAGGUUCAGAAGAACAAUCUAAAAAACUCAAGAUUGCCCAAGAUAAGAAUCCACUCUCACCAUAUUGUGAUGAAGAAAGUUCUGUUGGUAUUAGUAAAUAUGUUGAUGUAAUUUUAAACGGAGAUUCAUUGGAUAUUUCUUUACCUCCAUUCACUGGUAUUAUGAAACAAAGAUUUAGUGAUUUUAUUGUUCAUGAAAUUGAUAGAAAUGGAAAGGUUAUUUAUUUGACAAGUACAGAAAUUCCUGAGAGUAUCAAGGAUAAAAGAUCAAAGGAUAUUGAUUUGGAUCCAGAAGCUAAAAAGGAAAAUGAAAGAAAAGGAAUUGAAGAAUUUAAAUCAAUUAUUUCUGAUCAAACAAUUGUUGCUGGUAUUGAAGAUUUCUUACAAAAGCAUCAAGAAACUGAAGAUUCACUUGUUGAAAUUGUUAAACAAAGAAAAAAGAUUGAAGAAGCUGAUGUUCCAACACAUUUAAUUAAAGAAAAUGAUAAGAAUAAUAGAUCAAAGAUUCACAACAUUAUCAAGGAACAUUUCAGUCAUGUUAUGGUUUCAGAUACUUUAAAUAAGGAUAAUGAUCAAUAUGUUAGAUUGAGAUAUCAAUUCCAAAGUUUCACUCUUCAAACUUUAUUCUUGAAUAAUCAAAAUAAUAGUAAAGCCAAGAAGAGAGAAAAGAGAGAUAACAAAAAGAAGGGAGGAAGAAGAGAACAAAAUAAUCCAGCAACUCAAUCAUAUUUCGAUCCAAGACAAUUUGCUUGGCCAAAAGAAAGACCAAAUUAUAUUCAAUUUGUUUUAUAUAAGGAAAAUAGUGAAACCACUGAAAUUAUUGGUGAAAUGUGUAGAAUUUUGAAAUUGAAACAAAAGAAUUUCCAAAUUGCAGGUACAAAAGAUAAGAGAGGCAUCACAACUCAAAGAGUUACUGGUUAUCAAAUUAGUGCUGAAAAAUUAAUGCAAGUUAAUCAAAAAUGUCACAAAAUGGUUAAAGUUGGUAAUUUUGAAUAUGUUGACAGACCAUUGAAACUUGGUGAUUUGAGUGGUAACAGAUUUACACUUGUUUUAAGAGAUUUAAAAAUUCCAGAAGGAAGUCCAUUUUCAAAUAGAAAUGUUGAAGAUAUUUUCAGAGAAAGAAUUGAACAACUUAACAAGUAUGGUUAUAUCAAUUAUUUUGGUAUGCAAAGAUUUGGUAUUACUUACAAUAGUGUUAAGAGAGAAUAUCAUAGUGAUUAUCCAACUCAUUUAUUGGGUCAACAUCUUUUGAAAUCCAAUUGGAAAACUUUAGCUAAAAUUAUUUUAAUUGCUGGUAUUCAAAAUGUCAGAGAUCAACGUGCUAAACAAACAAUUAUUGAUUUUACAGAAGGAAAGAUUUCAGCUGAACAAUGUUAUAAUUCACUUCCAAAAUUCAAAUUUAAUACUGAAAAGAUCAUGUUGAAUUCCUAUGUGAAAACAUCUGAAAAUGAUCAUUUGGCAGCAAUUCAAGCAUUACCAAUGAAUUUAUUAUCCAUGUAUAUUCAUGCCUAUCAAUCACUUGUAUAUAAUCAUAUGGUUUCAUUGAGAAUUGAAAAAUAUGGAUUGAAAGUUGUUGUUGGAGAUAUUGUUGUUUCUAGAAGUGAAUUAAAGAGUUGUGAAGAUCCAAAAUUAACAUUUGAAAGUCCAAUUACUAGAAUUGAAACUGAAGAACAAGCUCAAAAAUACAAUAUUGAAGAUGUUGUAAUGAGUAUUCCAGGUUAUGAUAUUCAAUUCCCAUCCACUGAAUUUGUUAAUAAGGAAACUUAUUAUAAAUUCAUGUUAGAAAAUGGUGGAAUUACUGAAGAAGAUUAUAAGAAACAUCUUUCACAAUAUAGAACAUUUGGUGCCUAUCGUUUCAUGAUUGAAAAAGCAAAAGAUAUUGAAUUUGAAUUUAAAGAUUACAAUCCAGAAACAAACAAAUUAGUUGAAACUGAUUAUGAUAAUAACAUUACAAAGAAACCUUUGGAACAAAUUCCAUGUGAAAAUACCAAAAAGGCAGCUAUUAUUUCCUUCUCUCUCAACUCUUCCAAUUAUGCAACCAUGUUCGUUCGUGAACUAAUUCGUCUUCCAUCUGUUAUUGAUUGGAAAUGGAUUGAAAGUAAUGGAAAUCCACAACAACAAGAAGAACAACAAGAACAAGAACAAACAAAUGAAGAUGAUGAAGUUAAUGAUGAAGAACAAUCACUUGCUACUGAACAAGAUCAUGAUGAAACCAAUCCACAAGAAGAUGUUAUUGCUGAUGCUAAUAUGUGUGAAUAAAUUGGUGGUCCACAAUAAACCCUUACUUU